AUGGAAUGGGCGCGGGAGACCAAAAUUCUAAAAUUAGUAUUAGCUGGUAGGAUGGGUGAGGCAAUUGAAAAGACAAGUCGUUUAUAUCCAGGUUUAUUAGAAAACAACCAAAAUCUAUUAUUUAUGCUCAAAUGUCGUCAGUUUGUGGAGAUGGUAAACGGAUCAGAUAUAGAAAUAUGCUAUAGAAAAAGUAUAGGUGGUUAUUCACCUAAUUUUAAUACCUCGUCUAGACCUAAUAGUCCAGUUCAAACCUCCGUAAUACAGUCUACAAAAAGUUUUAACAAUAAGGGAAAGCAGACAGUAGAAGAAAUGAAUCAACAAAAUGUAGCACAUAAUGGUACUAACUGUACAAAUCAAACAUCUAUUAUUAACACAGAAGACAGUGAUGUAGAAAUGUCAGAAGUUCAAAAUGGUCACAGUGAUGUAUGCAUAAACGGUAAAAACGGUUCGACAAAUUGUUAUCAAAAUGGCAACAGUCAUGGUGAUAAUAUUCCACAGGAAUUAAUUUGCUGUGAUAAUGAGGAUGAAGACAUGGAUGUUGAUUUUCCCUGUCGUAAAUCUUGUUCAAAACCAGCAGUUGAAAGAAUUCUUGAAUUUGGUCGGGAAUUAUACAGUAUGAGUCAGAGGCUUAAUCUUGACAAAAAUUCUAGUGAAUUGAAUCAAAAAAUGCUUGAGGAUGCGUUUAGUUUACUAGCGUAUUCAAAUCCAUGGGCUAGUCCUGUAGGAUGGCAGCUAGAACCUUCACAAAGGGAAUCAGUUUGUGCAUCUUUAAAUUCAGCAAUUUUAGAAAUGCGAAAAGAAAAUCAUGAAUGCCAUGAGGAAAUGAAGGAGAUGAAGCUAGAAAAUGAAAGAAUGAAGAUGGAAAUAGAAGGAUUGAAGAAGAGAGUAGACCAGUUAGAAACCAUAGAAAAAACAGUAGAAAGAUUAGAAAAGGAUUGA